AUGUCACCACCACCAUCACUUUAUGUCUACCCAGAACGUAAACGCGAACGUAGACGCACACGUACACAGACCCAUCAUGAUUCCUCUACCCGCAGCCCUUCAACAGCAUCCACCCUCCACUCCCCAAUCUCCAAUGGUAGCGUCGAUUCCUUAGGCAAACCUCGACUCGCUGACCAAACCCAACAUCAAUCCCAUCGAUCCCGCCACGUCCGUCCUCCUUCCCACUCCACAAACAAUACAUCCAAUGAACGUGUAUCGCACUCCCGCUCCCCCGCUGCUUUCCCCUCUACCAUAGCCCUUCCUACCCCUCAAGCUUCAGCUCCUACCCGUCUCCCACCUUCUCCUCCAUACACCAUUUCACACCCAGCAACUCUCUCGAGCGCCUCCACACUCAUUUCGACUCAAGCACCUCCCAUUGCACUCGAAUUCCUCAAUUUCUUAGAUGACCUGGGAAUUUUGAUGCUAUGCAAACCGCUUCUAGAAUUAUCGAGUGAGGUGAGGAGUGUUAGUGAGAGGAGUAGGGAGAAGAGACGUUCUGCUAGUAGCGGAAAGAGUAAGGGGAAUGAGGGGUUGAAGCCGAGGGGGAAGAGGGAGAGUCCGAGGGGCAUGAGAGAGACUGGGAAGCAGGCUGAGAGUAUUAGCGGUAUUGGAAGUGGGAGUGAAAGGAUUAGUGGUGCGAAUAGAAGAAGGAGUGAGAGGGCGGCUAGUAGUAUUGCCGCGAGUCACUUGGGACAGAGCUUGAGAGGGGCCGCACCUAAAUAA